AAAAAUUGUAUUUUAUGGAAGCGUUGUUUUGAUCUGCUACAUUUUGCUAAUUCUCUAUAGUAUCAAGUGUAGGCUGUUCAAAAAUGAAAAUGAAAGUCGUGACAAAUGACUCCAUAAUUCAUAAUGAUUUAGCUAGUUCUGUUGACUGGGUGUCUUGCGAUGAAAUAAUUUCGAUUGCUGAUGAUCGAGCUGUUAAAUGUUGGAAUCUGAUAUCAGAUCAAGUGUCAGACUUAUUAAGCUUGCCUCAUAAUGUAUUUCCAACAUGUAUGGACCGGCUUCCCAGACAAAGGACAAAACACUCUACUAAGACUUCAAGAGAAAGUGAAAUAUUCUUGCUCGGAGCUACUGAUGGGAAAUGUUACAUCAUUUCUAAAGAGAAAAAAAUAGAACGAACUUCAGAUGCUCAUCAGGGGGCUGUUCUAUCUGCGAAAUGGAAUUUCGAUGGAACUUCUUUUGCUACAUCUGGAGAAGACGGACAAAUAAAAAUUUGGUCACGGAGUGGGAUGUUAAGAUCCACUUUGUGCCAACACAGUUAUCCUAUCUACUCGAUUUCAUGGGGUGCUAACUCCAAUAUGAUGCUUUUCUCUCUCGACAGACAACUAGUUACGCAAUCUCUUCAAGCAAAUGUCAAACCUUUUGCUUGGAAAGCUCAUGAUGGUGUCAUUUUGCAAGUUGAUUGGAAUGCCAUCAACAAUCAACUUAUUUCCGCUUCAGAGGAUUGUAAAUACAAAGUAUGGGACAGUUACGGGAGGCUCUUAUAUUCGAGUGCGCCUUUUGAAUAUCCAGUUACUUCGAUCUCAUGGUCUCCUGAUGGUCAGUUAUUUGCAGUUGGAUCAUAUGCUACUGUAGUGUUGUGUGAUAAACUUGGGUGGAUUCAUGCUUUAGAGGAAACGCAAACUGGUAGUAUUCUGAGUAUCAAAUGGUCUCCUGAUGGUAAUCAAAUAGCAUGCGCUGGUGGAAAUGGUCGAAUAAUUAAUGGAUAUGUUAUUGAAAGAUGUUUAGAAUGGAAUGGUUUUGAAGCAUUGUUAACAGAUGAACGAACUGUUGUAUUACAAAAUCAACGAAAUGAAUCGAUAGAACGUCUAGAAUUCCGUGAUCGCGUAUCAAAAGCAUCAUUCAGUUUCAAUUACUUUAUUGUGGUAACUAGCACACAGUGUUAUGUAUACAAUAUUAAAAAUUUCAAUACACCUACCAUUGUUGAACUUAAAGAGUCCAGCGUUACUCAUAUUUCUCAAUGUCAGAAAUAUUUCGCUUUAGCUGAUGGAUCCAGUGUGUAUGUCUACAAUUAUGAUGUACGUCUUAUUUGUUCAUUAAAACAUGCUAAUAUACACGCGGAACAAAUUUAUGCAGAUUCUAUAACUAUGAGCAAUGAUGUGAUUGGUAUUAAAGACCAAUUAGAUAAGAAAGUUAUUCACUUAUUUGAUCCAUCGAGUGGUAAAACGCUAGGUGAUGGUAAACCAAUAACACAUUCGACUGAAAUUAUGAAAAUUAGUUUAAAUCAAAUGGGUAAUUCAUUUGAUCGUCGAUUGGUUCUGUUAGAUAGUAACAAAGACUUAUAUUUAAUGUCAAUUAGAAUACUUGGUAAUCAAAGGAAAAUGGUUAAAUUAGCUACAAUGGUUAGUUCAUUUCUAUGGGCUGAAACAUCAAAUAUUUUGGCAGCCAUAACAAACGACAAACUUGUCAUAUGGUUCUAUCCUGAUAUUACAUUAACCAAUAGUGAUAUAAUUAACUUAACACAAGAAGAACAUAACAUAAUUGAUGAUUAUGGGAAACAAUUGGAAUUAAUUAAUUUUUAUCGAGAUCGAAUCAUGAUUAAACGUGCUGAUGGAAGUACUGUUUAUUAUCCGAUUUCAAUUUACCCUGAUAAACUACAUCAAUUAAUUAGUCAAAAUAAAUGGAAUGAAGCACUUAAAUUAUGCUGGACAGUUAAGGAACGGAUUCUUUGGGCAUGUUUAGCUGGCUUAGCAACAAACGCUAAAAUGUUGGAUGUAGCAGAAAUAGCAUUUGCUGAAAUUGAAGAAGUUGAUAAAGUGGAAUAUAUUCGAUAUAUCAAAAGUUUACCUACGACAGAAAUGAGAAAUGCUGAAAUCUUACUUUUAUCAGGUUAGAAGUGACUUAUGACUGUAUUUUUAAAAUACUAUCUAUAUGCUAUUAAUUAUUUUUGGUAAUGAUUGUUUUUGACGAACGAGGUGAUUGCUAAAUCAAGAUUAGGAAGUUUUCUCUGUUGGUGUUGUAUCCCGUGGAGAAUUAUGAAUGGUAACUUUGAGCACUAUGUAUGGACCAAUGUGAUAUGUAUAUUUCCUACUGUAUAAUUGUUAAGUAACUUAACUAUUCAUAUGCAUGUUCUUUUUAUUAUAAGCUUUAUUUUGACGUAUGAACUAUUAUUAUACGAUUUACUACUCUUGAGUUAUCCCUAGUUCAUCAAUUACUGUUCCCUGUAUUCACAGCCAUAUUUGGCCAAAUCUUGUACAAAUGUUAUUUUCUAUUUGAUGGUACCAUGUGGUCAGUUUGUUUGGUAUACAAACCCAGUAUGUUUGAGAAUAAUGAUUCAUAUUGCAGAGGCUGUUAUUAUGUUCUGGACUUAACUGGCUGGCCUAGGCAGAAAGCAGGACUGACAGGUACUCAAGACUGUUCAUACGGCUUUUGUGUAUCAUUGGGCGAUCAAUAAAUUCACUGUUCUCUGAUUGGCGGGAAUCAGCACGUUUAUAUAUUAAACAAGGAACGCAUGCACCCACACGAUAUAACUGUUAGAUAUUAUCAUUAAGUUAAACUGAUAUACACAAAUAAUAAUAUAAGUUGACAAGAUAAUCGUAAUCUAUAGGCUUGAAGGCCAUUGAGUGAUAUGAAUUACAUUGAGAUAUAUUCUCUUUGACGAAUUUUAUGUAGCGACCUUGAUCAUUUGUAUUAUCUUGAAUGCAUAUUAUGAAUCAGUCUCAAGCAAGGAUGACAAAGCUGUUAAACCUUCAUGAUUUUCACUAAUACAACAAAAUAUUAAAUUCCCUUGGUUUUGUUUACUUGUAUCUUCCCAUUGUUGCUUAGGUGUGCGAUUGAUCAGUCUCUUAUUAGCAUAUGUAAAUCCAUCUUUUCUUAUAAAGGUUGUGGCUUCAGGUAAUAUCGAGGCAGUCCGCACAUGAUGCACAUAUGCCAACAAGAGCCUGAUCACUUGUAGUCUUAAAUAACAAUGAGAAGAUACAAGUAAACAACACCAAGUGAAUUUAAACUUCACCCAAUUGCACAAGCAAGUGGCUAUAAGGACUCAGUGGCUAAGUGGAUAACAUGAUAACGGUACUUGGUUCGAGUCCCAGAGUGAAUAUCAACUCUGAGAUGUAGGUACGUCCAGCUGACAAGUCCUAAAUACGACGAAACGCGCGUUCUGGAUUCUACUGUUAGUUACUAUCCAUCUUUGCUUAUAAACAACAUAAUAUUAUUUUAUUGAAAUCAUGACUGCAUCAUAAAAUACUUGCACUGAUUACAAUAACUAAGAUAUCAUGAUACUAUCUUAUGAAAACAGUUACAGAGCAAAGGUAAGUAUUUUGAUCAAUACAUUUGCAAUUUAUACUGUAUUUGUAAUUUAUCAUUUUAAAGGUUUUCCUACGGUUAUAACAAAAAAAAAUAAGGAUUUCAUCGAGCAUACACUUGACACUAGGCUCAAUUGAUCACGAUAUUUGAUCACGUGUUACACUUAACUGGAUUAUGUGACCAAUGAUCAUGAACCUGAAUAAAGUAGAACGAAAGCUUAUCAACACAAUAAGUCAGUCGACCAUUGUAAUCUAUUUUUCAUGAAAGAUCAUCUCUUACAUUUCGGUAUGAUCGGAUAUGUAUGUGUUCGCUCUUUAAACAAUCAUGGCUCACUUUUAUUUACCACCUAACUUGUAGUAUCUCUUUUGAAUUCAUUUUUAUCAAUUUUUUUUAUAGGUAAAUAUCAAGAGGCUGAAGCAAUUCUGCUACAGAAUCAUUUAUAUUUUCGUGCUAUCAUGCUUAAUUUGCAUGCAUUUAAAUGGAAUAGAGCACUUGAAUUGGCAAAUAAAUACAAUUUAGCCAUUGAUAUUGUAUUAUCAAUGCGACAUGAUUAUUUAAAACAAUUAAAUCGUGUUGAAGAAUUAGAUUCCUUUAAUACACAACCAAAACAAAGUACAUUGGAUUCAUCGGAAUUGAAAGAAAGAAUUGAAGAGGAAUAUUUAAACGAGAAGAAACAACUCCAAGAAUUAUCAACCACUUGAAAAAUACAUCAAACAUUGUAUGAGAAUGUAUAUGAACUGCUUAUUUUUCAAAGAAAGUGUUUACCCUUAUGAUUUACUAUUAACAAUAACGAUCGAAAUUCGAUAAUUGUUGAUCAAUUAUGCUGUGAUUUCACAUUUUUGAAGUUAAUUAUCUGUAUUUA